GUUACCCUUGAUGAUGCCGCUGUCUGAGCCCAUAUCAUCAAUAUGGUUAUGUAAGACUACGUGAUUUGUCCAACUUAUGAAUCGAAGCCGAAAGCACUUUAGAUUUUCCAAAGAUGUACAAACGACUCAGAAUACAGGGAAUCAAAGCUUUAAAGGAUUUUGCAGAUUACACUAAUAUGAAAAAGAAAGCCUCAAGGGCGUGCUCGACCCACAAAGACGAGCCGCACAAUAAUCCUGGACUUGGGUCUCCCAGUGGCACAACCCGCACAUUUGUCUUACCGAGUGACUAUUUUACUCGAAAUGGCCAAAUUCUGCAGCCGUGUAAGUUUCCAGGGAAAGUUCACAUCGUCCAAAAUGAGGUAGACGAACGGCGACUGGUGGAGAAUGGUGAAGUCUGUCAAGAUUUCCAGAAUCAAGACGCUCUCGGACUAGAUACAGAGUCUGUGCAACGUCUGAACGCUUUGCCAAGGAUCACUUUGAUUCAGUUGGCCUCAAAGAAAAAUGCCGUUUUAUGGAUAUGUAAUCAGGGAAGCUUUCGCGAAAAACUUCCGCCAUAUUUGUUAUCCCUUUUUCUUGGAGACGCGUUGAAGGUAAGGUGAGCCAGUGAUUCAGUAUUAGUCUAGCAAAACAUGGGAUCAGGGUGAGGAGGGGGGGGGGUUGGUUUUGUAGUGGUGGGGUGGGGGACACUCAGGCUAUGAAUUGGGCUGCUGAGGCUUUGAAACCCUGGCCAUGUUUAAAAAAGAAUACCUUCUCUUUAGGAGAAUGAAUAAUGAUACAUUCAUUAUCAAUAUUAAUAAUUAUGUAUUCUAAACAAUAGUUAGUUUAUAGGGUAAAACUACAGAAUACAGGGUCACUCAUUUACAUCUCAUUGAAUCACAAUACACCUUCUUGAGUUCUGCCUCGUUCCUUGAAGCAUGCUGGCAAGGUGGACCUCAGUGGCAUUGUAUUCUCUAGGUGCAUGGUUUAUAAACUUAUCAUGGACAUUUCUUUCCCUUUUGGCAAGGUUUGAUGUGUAUUUGAAGAUAUCUGCAGCACAAAGUUCCUACAGACUUGAACAAAAAGUCACGAAAAGAGCUAUUACACAACCAAUUUUAAAUGUGCAAUCUCUUAUAUUCCAAUAGGAGGUAAAGAAGAAGAGAGAGAGAGUGACUAAUCCAUAUUCUCUCUGUGAUAAUAUUAUGUAAUUUCUGAGUUGUUAGUAGGCUAGCAUCUUUUUGAUCUCAUAAUAUCUUCUCAAAUUGUAAAUACACAGCUCAAACAUGGUGAGAUAUAAUUAAUCAAGGAAAUUAAAUUCCUCCCUUUAAUGGUAGAUUUCAAUUUUAGUCAAUAGAUUUGUUUUAACACCAGUAUGCUGAUUAAGGCAUCUAAAAUGGACCCAUUGCUUUUGUUAGAAGACAUUGUGUAAUAUUUACUAUUUAGAAUUUGGAGAUGACUUUUUUUUUCCACAUGUAACAGGUGGGGCAUGCCAUCUCUCUUGAUGCAAGCUUGAUUCAGAAUCAAUAUGGAGAGUGCAUAAACAAUAUGGUAGACACCCUAAUCUGGGCCCGUGAAAUGAACUGCUACCCAUUGAGCUUAAGAGCUAUGUGUGCUAUUUUCUUUGAUGAGCUGCUAUCUAAAAAAGUUGGAAGGUCUAACUGGUCACAGACAAAAUUAACUGAAAGGCAAUUAUUCUAUGCUGCCACAGAUGCUUGGAUAUCACUCAGGGUAUAUAAAGAAAUGAAGAGGUAUGAUGUAAUUGCUUGUAUGUUGCCAACACUUCCUAUCAACUGACUGUGAGGUCUGCCCAUUACUUUCUCUCUCUCUCUGGCAAAAUAAUUAUAUUAAUUAAUUAUGAACUCAACUUGUUAUAAUUCAAAUUUGUCUGCAUUAGAUGUAGAUUUUUCAUCUUGGUCAUCAAACCAGAAAGGACUGGAAGAGACUUGCAUUCACUGUUCUUAAAUUUUUUCCUUGGGUUGGAAAUUGAAUCUGGUUUUCAAAAGAUUAAAUUUCUUAUUUUGCUUAUUCAAGGCUCUGAUCAUAACUGUUGUACGUCAAAAAAUUUUAAACCAAAACAAGCAUUUGAACCACUGAACAUAUUUGGCAUGCAAUAAUAACUAUAUUAAAUCCUCCAAAUUCUAAUACAGUCUACUAAGUGAGGAAUCAGUGAGUGCUAUUGUGUUGUAGAGGAGAAAUGAAAAGGGAAGGCUGAGGAUUAACUUUAUUUUCACAUUUACUUUAGAAUGAUAUUCUUUGGGAUGUCUACUUACCCUUCCACUGGUCAAAGCUGAGUCUGGUCUUGUUUCCUAAAUAUUUUUUGGGAUGAGUGCAGUGUCCUUUCUUCAACAGCCACAUCUUCUUGACCCUAGAAAGCUUACCCUUAAGCCUUUACACCCUAAUAUGAGUAUCUAUAUUAUCCAUACUCUUCUCUAUACAAACAAAUUAAGGGGUUAAGUUUCAAAAGUUACUGUAGUGUUGCAUUGGAGGGAGCGUAUUAGUAUUAUCAACUGAAUUGAUAACAUAAAUAGGCCCCUGUAAAGAGUUUCAAAGCUGGUGUUUCGAGCAUUAGCCCUUCUUCAGAGCCAAUGGACGCUCUGACAAAGGGCUAAAGCUCAACACAUCAGCUUUGAAACUCUUUGCGAUGGCCUAUUUUCAUUAUCAACUCAGUUGAUUACACUAAAUUACCCUGUUCUUCUCAACACAUUUCUUUUGGUACUGACAAAGAGAAUUUGUUUAACAAUCAAAGCCUCAUAGGUUGGCUGUCAUUUACUUUAUUCUCCUGACUUUCAUGUUUGAUUCAGUGUUGAUACUGUAAUAAACUAGUCACAGGUGGGCUAUAAAAGGGGUCAAGGGCUCCACUCUGUUCAACAGAAACUUUGAGAGGAUGUAGUGCUCAAGAAAAUUUUUGAGAUACUUAUAUCUUAUGAAUUAUUAUGAUUUUCUAUCAUUGGUGAAUUAAGUUUUGGUUAAUCAAGACAGCUGAAGCACUCAAAAUGCCCCUCUCUUUGUUAAUUUCUGUAAACAGGACAGCUAAAGUAAACAGACUGCCCCUUUCUCCACCUCUUGAGUCAACUAUGGAUGUGUUCAAGACAAUGCAAUUAGCUAAGUCUGAACGAAAGAAGAGAAGAUUGAUAAGAGAGAGACAGAAGAAGGAAAAACAGGCCAGCCAAAGUAAAGAGAUUGCCCCUUUCUCCACCUCUUGAGUCAACUAUGGAUGUGUUCAAUACAAUUCAGUUAACUAAGUCUGAAUGAAGGAAGAGAAAAUUGAUAAGAGAGAGACAUCAGAAGAAAGUAGAUGAAAGAGGGCUUUGAGUGACAGCUCAGAGAAUUGACAUGGUGAUUUGAAAAGAAUCUAACCAAGU